AUGGCCGAAGGCGGAAACCCUCUGGGACGCCUCGUCCGACUGACCCAAGCAACAAACCUCCCGACCAAGAUAAAUGUCGCUAUUCAACCGAUCGAUAAACUGAACGAUCGAAAUGGAUGGAAGAUCUGGUCUGGAAAGGUAAAAUUUGCUCUACAAGCCCAUCGUUUGGCUGAUUUAAUACGAGCCGAUCUACCCCGGCCCGCUGAGACGGAUCCAAAAAUUGUCGAUUCGCCGAAGCCUCAUGAGUGGCCUGAUGACUUCUUCCAGGUCAUCCAGCAGACGGUUGUCGGAGCAGGCCACAAUCUGUCUCAUCGCAUCUUCCUCGAAUCAGUGGAAGUGAAGCGUUCAGACUACGGCACUCUGACACAAUUUAUCGAAGCUUCAAAGGAGAAGACUAUGGCAGCAAUAGACGCUAAAAAUUCAUGCAUACCGCGCCAAGCAAUCUCCAUUCUUUUUAAGGGACUCAGCGAGGAUAUGAAGACAUUCGUUGAGGUCUAUCUCUUCUUCUGGGACGAGGCCAAAUACAAAACGCUAAAAUGGGAAGACUACUGGUCAAUCUGUGAAGCAGCUCUUGAUCGUAAGAAGGCAUCUGAUAUCUGGAUCUAUAAGCGGAAACAAACGAAGGCAAAGUCGAAUGAUACAACCUCAAAUACGACCUCCAAUGCCGCGGCAAUCGCGCAGGCAGAAGACUCCGUCGCAAACUUCAACAUCUCGGGAGCCACCAUUCAGGCAUCCUCGAUUUACCAACCCUUAGGCAAGCGUUGGUUGGUUGAUUCCGGCGCUGCCUACGCGGUAUGCAAGUGGUUCAAUGAAAUUACCGAUUUUCAACGCCUUUCUGCCGACGAAGCAGACACCUACGCCUAUUUGACUUCAAACAACGAGAGGGUGGUCCCUAGAGGCAAAGGAUAUACCAUAAUCAGCUUACGCAUGGACGACGGCUCCGUUAAUUGCUUCAAGAUAGAAUGCAUUUGGAACCCAGACGUUCCAUGUAACCUCUUUCCAGCAGAACGUGCAAAGGUCGAUCUGAACCUUUACCAUGACGCCAAAAAUCAAUGCAUUCGGGACAUGCGAACCGACAAGAUUGUGGGAUAUACCUUUACCGAUAACGGUAUGCCCUAUCUUCGCUUAUCUCCUACAAUGAAAUGUGCCUUAAUUGCCCCUAUUAUAUCGUCCUCGCUACUCCACGCGAGAUUCGCUCACACAAAUGCGGAAUACCUGGCCCGGAAUAAGGUCUUGUACAGCGACGAUUUGGAAGUAAAAGACCCUAAGAACGUUAAAAGUUGCGAUACAUGCUACCGUGGGAAAACGAAGAAGAAGGUAUCACAUAUACCGAUAAACCAGGCAACCAAACCGCUACAGAGGAUUCACGUGGAUACGCAGGAAUUCAGUCCUCUAGGCAUCUACGGAUACCGCUACGCGUUAAUCAUUGUAGAUGAUUAUUCUCGCUGUCUUUUUAUCCGUCUACUCCGUAAGAAAAGUGACGCUUCUGAAGCGCUCAAACAGAUACACCUGCAUUGGUUUAACCUUACCGGAAAGGAUAUAGCGAUAAUGCAUUCUGAUGCAACGCCUGAUUUCAACAAAUAUAAAGAGUUCGCUUCUCCUCGCGGUACACGGUUCGAGAUAACCGCACCUCGCUGCCCUGAGCAGAAUGGAACCUUAGAGCGAUAUGGCGGAUACGUUGUUGAAACGGCAGAACCAUAG